AUGUCGUUUUUUCGUGCAAUUAUAAAAGCAAGUUUACUCGAGAGAAAACUAUUGCGUUAUCAAGAAGAGAAGAAAGUAGCCCUCAACGAUUACCUUAAAGGUAGAAAACGCAGACGUGCGAAAAUACCCCCAAAGUUUACUUCAAUCGAGCAGCAAUUUGCUGGGGCGUCAUUAUGGCGCAGAAUGCGAAAAGAUGGAACCUUUGCAAAUGCUGUGAUGAAGAGCUUCUUUGGAUUCUGUGGAGGCUUUGUAUUAACUUACAUUUUCUUCGUAUUUUUUGUUUUCCAACUAAAUUUUACCAUGUGGAGUGCAACCUGCUUGGCGUCAGUGGUAGGGUGCAUUUUGACCCUGGGCUUGGCGUUUAGUAAACGUGUGCGAUGUAUGGUUUUCCUGUUGCUUCCUCAGUUUUUUAGUAAAAGAGGACGCCAAGCCUUGGCUGCUUAUGCCUUUAUAUUAGCUUUGACAGGACCAGCAAAAAACACUUUACACAACACGAAUGUUUUAUCGGAGUCAUUAGCUUGUGGGCAAGAACAACUCAAAUCAGCAGCAAGAGAAGUAAUAAAUAUAAUCAAAAAACCAUACUACGCCAUCAAGAAUGCUAUCAAAAAGCUUGCAAGCAUUAUAUCAAAAAUUAUUGAAAAAUUGCGAGCAGCCUUCACUGCCUUGAAAAAAAUAAUAAUGGGCAUUUUAGGGGUUAUCAAAUCUGCGUUUCAAUGGCUUGGCAGUGUGGUGAAUAUUUGUAACAAGAAAUUUGGAACACCUUUUCAAAGAUGUAUGAACGUUUUUGAUGAUGCAAUAGUGGAUUGCAAAGCUAAAUUAGGAAGUGUGUUCGGUUGGAUGUGUUCUGUGGCGUAUGUUGCAAGUGCACUCUGCUACACGGUGAAAUUUUUGGACUAUAUUUGUAUGCUGCUCGACUUCAUCAGUGACAGCAUAAUUGGAAGUAUCAAGAAGAGGUUUCGCCGUUUUGUCACUCACAUCCGAACUAUGUUUUUUGUAUCCAUAAAAUUUAAGCAUUCCUUUGAUUUCGAGACAAAUCAGUCAAGAUCGAUGAGCGAAGUGGCCGCCGGAAUGAUGACGGAGGUCAAACAUAGAACUGAUACAGUUUUAGCCGUUUUCGACUGGAUGAGUUGUGCAACUAGCUUCUUUUUUCUGUUUAUUGUUGUAAAGGUCUUCAAUUAUCGGAGGAAGUAUUUGACUGUAGAACAUUUCGAUAACAGAUAUAUCACCGACUACCUACGUGACAUCGACUUCGUCCGGGCCAAACAAGACAAAGAAACUGUAUUUCCCCUGAAUCGUCGCGAAAGGAACAAGUAUAUAGCGCUCAAUUCGUGCAGAUUAUUGAAAGAGGAACGUGUAAAAUUGACCAAGUCAAUGAUAUUUCUACUAAUAAUGUCAUUUAAAUUGUGUGCCCAAAUGUUAGCUGACUACACGCUUUAUUGGCUUUUGGCUAACAUUCGAUAUCAUGGGCGUAGUCAAAGCCCUAUCGAAAUGCCUGAUGUCGCAGGAGCAACUGUGAAUGGAGAAGGCAUAGUGGGAGAUCUGUUGAGGGGCAUUAUUAAAGCUUUCACGCCGAUAACUUCGAAGUUUAACCUGGACCCUACGCCCUGCCUGCCCGAUCCGGUUCCGCCUGACAUAGACAGAUACGUGCAGAUAGUGUCAUUGAUCGUCAUUUGCUGGUUAUUGGCAAUAUUUGAACCGUACGGCUUGAGAUUACGACAGAUCGUGAUGGCUAAUUAUCAUCCCCAAAGGGCACGUCAGCGAGCAGUGUGGCUCUACAACCACAUUAUACGAUCCAGGGGAAACUUCCUAACCUUCACCAGACGUCAACUAAGGACCCAACUUUUAGGUAAAUCAGGGGUGGAUAAAGUAACAUUCGUGGAAAUGGUGCGAGCUAAAUUGAUCAACAUUCCUGUGAUUCGUUUUUUUCUCGAUGAUAAAAAACAAGUAUCCUGCCUGGUGUGUGCAUCCGUUGAGCGCAAAGGCGAGACUUUCAUACGAUGCGCGACUCCCGCCUGCAUCGGAGUUUUCUGCGAAAGUUGUUUCGGGGACUUGCACAAUAAAUGCACUAUUUGCCUGGAUCCUAUCUCUUACGGUGAUUUAAGCGAUAUCAGUGAUGUGAUAGAUUCUUCAGAUGAUCCUGCUUAUGCUGAGAAAAAAAAGAGACGAAAAGCCAGACGAAAACACUAUCCUUAUUCGUCUUCGUCCAGCAGCGACCUGGACUAUAGUUAUCAAACCAGGAAGAAAAAAAAGGCAUCUCGUGCAGAAUUACAAGUUAUGUACACGAAGUCAAGAUCACGUGAUAUAGAGAAGCAACAGUUGAUGGAUGAUGUCAGAGAGGAACAUCAUUUGGAGCUGUGGCCAAAUCACGAUUUCAUCGGCCCAGGCCUAGUGAUCGAAAAGCGACCGACUCAUAAAGUUCAAGACUUUAUUAUCGAGAAACCCAAUGUUGAUCAGUGUCACUUUCGAGGCACAAUCAGGGGGAUGCCCGAUACUAAAGUCGCUAUAUCCACGUGUAAUGGACUGUCUGGCUUUAUAAAAACACCGUAUGACGAGUAUGUUAUCGAGCCUGUGAAAGGUCACGCGCCGAGAGAGAGUAAGGGCCAUCCGCAUAUCCUCUACAAAAGAUUGUCUGCAAGCAACGGAUCUGUCGAGGCACAUGUCUACAGAACUAAUUGUGGAACCACGGAACAGGAACUAUGUUAUGUUUUGCAGCGUGUAGGUUGUGAUCUCGUAAUAGACAGUACGGCGGUGGAGGACAGAUGCGGGGUAUGCCAUGGCAACGGCACGGAGUGCGAAGUCAUACGAGGAGAGUAUCUGGAGGAGAAUGGGACAGAUUACAAUCUGAUUGAGCAAAUACCAAAAGGUUCAGGAAUGAUUACCUUUGAAGAAAUGAAACCAUCAAACUGUAAUCUAGCGGUUUCGGACAAAGAAAAUAAUACAUGGUACCUGAACGGACAUCAUCAUAAGGCAUUGUCUGGAGAAGUUAAAUUCGGUCAAGAUGAAGGCGUCUAUCUAGAAACAACUGUUAAAAUUUUCAUAAACAAUUCCAACAAAGGUGGAAUAAAUUAUGAGACUAGAUUAACCAGCUUAUGUUACGUGAUUACAAUAAGAAGCACGAUUCGAACUACAAGCCGGUUCUAUCAUUGGGAAUAUUUAGAUUGGUCGUUAUGUUCAGACCCUUGCGGCGGAGGAUCACAGAUAGCUCUUCCGCGUUGUACGGAGGACCACGGUGGACAAGUCGACGACAGCUAUUGCGAUGUAACAGAUAAGCCGCCGGACGUUGCUCGGGCCUGCAAUUUGAUUCCUUGCCUGGCUUUAUGGUGGAUGGGUGAAUGGAAGCCGUGCAAUUGUACACACGGCGAAGGAUAUACUCUGAGAUCGGUCUAUUGCGCCGCUUAUCAUUAUAAAGAUUCCACGAAAUUGCAGAUUUUACCUCUAGAUCGGUGCAAAGACGAUAAGCCACCCUCCACCGAGCCGCCCUUGCCCGAACUAAAUACCAACGACAUCGCAAUGACCGGCCCUUCGACAAGUGCUUGUACGGAAAACGCGACUAUAGACUUCGCCAAAGAGCACUACAUGAAAGGAAUCAAAUAUACGGAGCAAAUUCAGAGCACCACCGCUAAGUCGGAAGAGGCAUCGUGCGCUAAAAAUAUGCCCAGAAAAGCUGAUGAAGGACAUAAACCGGAUGUCGCCCAUCCGAAAAAAAAGAAAAAAAUUAUACACCGCGAGAAAAGAAAACCACGUAACGGAUAUGCCAAAUCUGAUUCGGAUGACUACGAGUACGAAAAUCAGGCUGAGCUAUUUCCUAAACUUCCUCCUCUGGAGCAUGAGGCUGCAGGAAUUGUAAAGAAAAUGGCCCAAACAACCAUGAAUGUAGAAGAUCUCAAACCAUUCGCCGAUCUAAUGACGGAGCCAACAAAACUGAUGACGAUGAUUUUGACGGUCUUAAUUGUACAACAUUAG